AUGCCAGAAACCUAUCCCAUCGGAACCCGUAGCGAAUGCGAGCGUCUAGUCCGAGACUGGGGAUUCGCACAUGUCUUCACCUGGGCAGAUGGAGGCAAUGCUCACUACCCCCCUCACACACAUUCCGAUGUCACGACACAUCUCAUCCGUCGUGGUACUUUCACAGUUACCUAUCCAGAAGAUAAUGCUGGCGUGCACGAUGGGGAAGUCAAGAAAGAGACGUUCGGAGUAGGGGCUAGGAUUGAUGUACCGGCGGGAAAGUUACAUGAGGUUUGGAUUGGGGCUGACGGGUGUGAGUAUGUUAUUGGGGAGUAA